GAUGGCGUCCGCCAGCAGCAAAAUAGCAACGGACAGCCAAGGGAAACCCUCUAUACAAGCUAAUAAUUUACCACCAGAUGAAGAUGACGAUGAAAAUAUAGACUUAGGUGCUGCAUCUCCCUCGCAAACGUCUUUGAAAGACUCAAAGCAAGGAUUUGAAAUGAUAAAYUUAGACGCAGAUGAAGAAGACGAAUAUGACUUUGAAUCGAGUCUACCAGACAAACGACGAAAGCGUUACAGAAAGAAGAAGAAAAAGAAGGAAGAACUUUGUGAUAGUAGUUCUGACGAUGAAUCCACAAAAUCAAGGUCUAMAAACGAGGAAGUUAACCCGUCUGAUUUGACAUGGCCACUAUACCUAUGGUAUUAUAUUGUGGCUGUAUCCACUGGAGCAUUAAGAGCGGCCGAGUACUUAGGAGAGAAACUUGCGUACUUCUUUGGGAUCACCUCUCCAAAAUAUCAAUAUGUAAUAGAUGAAUAUUACAGGCAGAAAGAACUGGAAAAAGAAGAAGAAGAUAGAGAAGAAAGGGAAAGAGAAUAUGUUGCAAGAAUGGAGGCAGAGAGGAUUGCAAGCUUAGARGGUGGAGAUAAUGCUCAAGCAACUUUAACAAUUCCAGAUGACCCUUCUAUUCAAUCGCCAACGAAAACAUAAUGCGUACUUAAUGCAGUCUGCACCAGUAUAGACUUUUGAGAGAACAUUCGCAAAUUGAAAUAUUCUUAAUGCUCAUCUAAUAUGCAAUAGCAUCAGAAUGUGACCUUAACAGCUUCAUCCAUACAUGUAAGUGUUGGGAUACUGCAGUUUCGAGGUUAAGUUCRGGGUAGGGUGCRCCAAUAUAAAAAUGAAACAAUUGAUAGUGAUGAUAUUUUUAGCGUUAAUCAUCAACUUAAAUCUGACAUAUMAAACAUUUUAAAAGGAAAAGUUAUAAGUUGAUACUCAGAUUGUAUUAUAGACUAUUUUGUCUAUGAAUGAUCUACAAACUGUGUGGUGUAGAGCAAGGAAUCUUUUGCUCAUACAGUAGAAAGCUUACUAUUCUAAGAUAGCAAUUUUAUAUCAUUAGUGAAAGUUUUGAUGAUAAAAAACAUCCUCUUAUCAGGGSCCUUCUCKGUUUCCUAACUGAAAAUCAAAGGGAAACUGAGAAAAAUCUGGGUCAARAAUGGAUUAAGAGCAGUUUUAUCAUAAGUAGGCCUUUUGYGGGACAUYGUCACAUGACCUAAAUYGAUCUUGUCAAUCAAAGCUGUCCUCAAAAGUGURUGRUAAAACACACACUCCCUGGAAAUAUAAGUUUUAUAGUGACUCAUCCCCAAACUUGUCUCAAAUCUUUUUUCUAGUGUCUCGGAAAGCAUAUACCUUUUACAUUCGAGAUAGGAGAGAACGACUGGGGACAAGUCAGAGCUUUAUAUCUUAAGAACUGAAGAUAUGAGAAUUUUUAAAAUGAAAUCACCAAUCCUUGACAAGAUUGUCAAAGAGUUCUUAAAGCUUCAGUUAUAAAGUUAAUGAGCUCAAACAUUCAGGGAUUAUUAGUUUUAGCAUACUGUUGCAUUCUGUUUGAGCUGCAUUAAUGUCUUGUUGAUUGACAAGGUUAAUUUAAGCCAUGUGACCAUGUCUUGCAAAAGGCUUAUUAAAAUAGUUCUGAAUAUUGCACUUUCUUAAUGUCUUCACACAACAUAAAAAGCAAACAUGCAAUAAUUGCACAAUUAAAUUAUUUUACAAUKAGGUUAAAUAGGAAAUUCCACCGUUUUUGUACAAGUUCAUAUUUUACAGUGGUUAUUGUUUACUCCAAGUUUUAAUCCAGUUGUAAUUACUUUAUAUUUAAUAUAAAGAUUAUUAAUUACAAAGUUAAAUGAGGACUUUGUUAGUUUCAAUUAACACAUUAGUAUAGUUUAUGGUUUUUAUGUGAGCACUGUAUACAGMAAAUUUCAGAAAACGUUGAAUAUUGUACAUUGCAUAGUGUAUUCCAAGACCGCAAUGCAUUGUUUCUAUAAAACUCCCUGUUAGCUGCGGGAUACAAUGACACUUCUUGACUCAAUUGCUUUCCAUUGAAGUUCUUGACUGUACGAAGCUUUUAUAGUCCUUCUCAAACCAGGAAAUCAAUCAUUCAACUGUUCGCCCGUCUCUCCUUAAAAGACAGCUGUMAUUUUACUUGAAUGACUUUCAAACAUUAUUGUUAUGUUAUUUCCUUUCGCCUACAGCCUUUCAGCACUCAGUUGUCUUCUGAUCGUAUUCGUUCAGUCGUUAGUUUCAGAGUUUCUUCAUGGGUUGACGUUUUUCCUUCCAUUUUCCUUUUUUUAAAUUCUGUAUAUCUUGUAUUUGAUAAACUUAUUAGCGCGUUGUCCCAUUGUAUCCCAAUUUUGUUGGUUAGUAAGCUUUAUCAAUUAACUUGAUGGUUGAAUAUGUUGUUUCUUUGCCUUCUCUUCGACUCCUUUUCAACGGCAAUGCAUUGUGGUCUUCGAUUGCGAUAUCUUGGUGUUCAAAGUUUUUCAAAUAUUGUGUAUGAAUAUAAUAUUAGAUUACUUCUUUUGUAGUGAUGAGCAACUUAUAGCUUACCUUCCUCUGAAAGGUACACCUUUAGUUUGUCGUUAAGAGAGGGUCGUACUUGUACGUGACACGCACUACAUUAUAGUUGUAAAUUCAAUUUCAGUUAAAAWCAAUUUAAAAAUUCGUUUCAGAAAUAAAUAUUUGAGUUAUA